CUGCAAAUACAGACUGUUACUGCAACGCUAUAGCAGGUUUUGUCUGUUUGUAAAGGUCUUUGGCUUUAUAGCCUCUCCUCUCCCAUUCUUGCUUGCUUCGUCUACAGGCUAAUAAUUUGUGUACUUCCUGUGUAACCUAAUUUUAGUGCUUUCUAUUAAAUUAAAUAAAUAAUUCUAAUACUUUUAACUCAAGCAAAAUUGGUUGUUGAUACACAGUAACAAUGGGUAGAUCUCCAACUGUGUUUCCUGCGGAAGAUUUUGAUGAAGAAUCCGACGCUAAGGCUUUAAAGCAAGCUUUCAAAGGUUUUGGAACAGAUGAAGAUACAGUUAUAGAAAUUUUAGCAAAACGGACUAAUGACCAAAGAAGAAAAAUUGCUGCUACCUUUAAAACAAUGUACGGAAAGGAUCUGAUCAGAGAACUGAAAUCUGAACUGAGAGGAAAUUUUGAAGACGUGAUAAUUGCUCUGACGACCGAUCCCAUCGAGUUCCAAGCUAAAGAACUCCAUCAUGCAAUUAGUGGACUAGGAACAGAUGAAAGUACCAUUGUGGAGAUUAUUGGAAUCCACAACAACGAGGAUAUUAUUAACAUUGCCAACGCUUAUGAAGGAUUGUACCAAACAUCUCUUGAAGCGGAUAUCAAAGGCGACACGUCGGGGCACCUAAAACGACUUUUUGUUUCCCUGGCAAAUGGACAUAGAGAUGAGUCUGAUGAUGUUGAUGAGGAUGCUGCACGCAAAGAUGCUCAGGAAUUAUUACAGGCUGGUGAAUUGCUGUUCGCUGGAACAGAUGAAUCUGUAUUUAAUAUGGUUCUUUGUCAACGCAAUCGUCCACAGCUAAGAAGAAUAUUCCACGAAUACGAAGAGAUAACUGGUCAUUCCAUCGAACAAGCUAUCGAAAACGAGUUUUCUGGCACCAUUAAAGAUUCCAUGUUGCAGCUGGUUGGUUGCAUUCGUGAUCCAGUAGAUUUUCUAGCAACCAGGCUCCACGAUGCGAUGGCUGGAAUUGGUACGGACGACAGAACGUUAAUAAGAAUCGUCGUUGGAAGAUCGGAAGUAGAUUUGGGAGAGAUUAAAGAAGUCUACAACACUAAAUACAACAAGAGUUUGGCAGAAAGGAUUGAACAGGACACCUCAGGAGAUUACAAGAAGACCUUAGUUACUAUUGUAGGAUAAGUUACGUUUUAAACAUAGUUCUGAGAUUUACUCCAUUCAGUGAAACUGCACAACAUUCUAGCUUUAAUCUUUAUACUUUAUAUUGCUUGGUUUUUUAAAAUAGCCACUCACGCCUUAAAUAUAGAGCAAACAUAUUUUGGAGACCGUUAUUUAUUGAAAUAUUGUUACUAUACAUACGUAAAUUUUAUAAUAAACCAAUAUUUUAGUUAUAA